AUAGGUACAACGAAAAGUUUGCGCGAAAGUACUACUAUUGAAAAACUUAAACAGUUUCACAAAAAAUUCUAUAGACCUGAAAACUUGACUAUAUUGAUAACGGGUAAAAUAAAACACGAUCAAAUUUUCCAAGCAUUACUGCCUUUAGAACAAAAAAUACUGUCGGAGAAAAGAAAAGAUAUAUUCAAGAAACCUUGGCAAAUUCCGAUUGAACAACUUAAGGAAAGCGUCGAAGUGGACGUCGCUGUACCAUCCCCUGGCAAUACAUAUGAUUCGGUGUAUGUUGCUUGGCAAGGACCUUCGCCAAUUACUCAAAUAUACGACUAUCGCGGUUGUCUUUUACUCCUAGAAUAUCUCACACAGACAAGCAGUAGUCCGUUGACAAAAGAUUUUGUUAAAAAAAAUAAACUUUCCUGCACUAUUCAAUGCCGUUCGUUCAGAUGGCCAGUUUCGGUCUUAAAUAUCAUUUUUAAGGACGUACCAAUAGACAAAAUCAAUCUGAUCACAAAAACUUCAGUUCAUGAAAUAUUUAACGAUUUAUAUACCAAUGGUAUAAAUAUGGAAACGAUGAAAACUGUGAUUCAUCGAUUAAUUCUACACUACAACAUUAUCCUCGAAAAUAAUCCGCAUGACAAUAUCGCAUCCGUAGUAUUUGAUCAUAUAAUAUACGGAAAUACCACUAAUUUGGAUCAAAGUUUAAAUAAUAUACGCGAUCUCGAGAAAUUGAAAGUCGAACCUGAAGAAUAUUUUCUACAUCUUCUCAAAACUUAUUUUGUCGACGCACCGAUAGUUGUUGUAAGAGGCAAGCCCAGUUUAGACGAGUAUCGUAAGUUACAAGAAGAAGAAAAACAUAUAGCUGAGCAAAUCGCGAAGUUAGGCAUAAAUUGUUUAGAACAGAAAAAAAAAGAGCUUCAGCAAGCUAUCAAAGAUUGUAACUUUGUGCCUUACAAAGUAAUUACGAAGNUGCCUGAACUUGACACAGAUUCCAUCAUCUUUCAUGACAUUGAAAGGUAUAACACUGAAACACUCAAGCAACAUCCUAAACUAGAUGUUACAAAACUGCCAUUGUUUACUCACUUAGAUCAUGUUAAUACAAAUUUUGUUUAUUUACAAGUUAUUAUAGACACUUCUUAUCUUAAUGCAAAAGAUAGAUACUAUAUUCCGUUAUUGAAUGAACUAAUCACAGAAUCCCCGGUGAAAAGAGAAAAUCAGCUAAUUCCUUACGAAAAAAUAAAAGAUUUAUUAGCAGCUGAUACUAUAAGAUGUAAAUCUCAUUUUGGUAUUAAUAUUAACGGAAACUACAGUAAUAGUAUAUCUUUAGUGCUUCAGGUUGAAUUACAGAAUUAUGAAAAAGGUGUACAAUGGUGUAAAGAGCUUUUAUAUGAUUCUAAACUAACGGCCAAAAGAUUAAAAAAAGUAGUAACACAAUUAAUACGCAAAUUUGAAAGUUAUACAAAAGGAGAGAAUCUUGUAAAGACUUUACUGGACAUAGUGUUAUACCAAAAAGACACUAACCAGUUUACAUGCAACACCUUACGGCAGUACACUUUUUAUAGUGAUAUUAUGGAUAAUUUAGAUAUUGAUGGUGUCCAAAAUUACUUAAUAACGGAAAUCGAAUCUGUUCGAAAACUACUGAUUUCACCGAAGAAUAUGUUUGUAUAUAUGGCCGUAAAUGUCGAUAAAUUAACAGAACAAGUUUCAGAUGUUUAUGCUCCAUGGAAUAAAUACUUUUCAGAUCUGGUGACUUCAGAAAAACCAAAACCUAACAUCACCGCUGAUUGGGAACUACUUAAAUCUUUUGAUUGGUUGAUCUACAACGGGUCUAUUCUCGGAUUAGAACAUAUAAAUUCUACAUUCUUUGCCCAAACUUGUCCGUGCAUAAAUAAUGUUCAACAUGCCGAUUUUCCAGCUUUGAUUGUCUGCGUGAAGUAUUUUAUACAAAUAGGAGGACCUAUGUGGAAAACAACUAUAAACAAAGCGACUAGCUACAACCUUCACGUGUCACCGGACGAGGGACUUUUAUGGAUGGAGCUUUUUCAUGCAGACAUAUUAUCAGUAUACAAGGACUUGAAGUUGAUUGCAGAAACGCAUAUUGCCAAAACCAAAUGGAACCAAUAUCUUUACGAAUCAGCUAAAUCGUUAGCUAUCUUGAAUUGUGUGAACGAAGCAAACAACAUAGUACAACACAUAUCCGCCGUUACUAUGGAUGACAUGAACCGUGUGAGAGAUUUAUACAUCAAACCAUUGUUUAACCCGAGAAAAUGCAAAACUGCCAUUGUGUGUAAUAUUUCCAAAGUCGCCGAAAUAGAGAGUGCUUUCCACAAAAUGAAUUUCAGUCUUAAAGUAUACAAAAGUCUGGAAGAUCUAAAGGCAUAUGUUGAAAGAGUAAUCUAUAGAAAAUUUUGAAAUGAGUANUGAUAAAAGGAUGUGUCCAGUAAAAAAUUGUUAUAUAGGUGUAAAACUUAUAUAUCUUGAUGUGACAUAUAAAAA